AUGAAGGUCGCUGCAUUCGUCGCUGCCGUUUCGGCUUUCCUUCCCACCGCACUUGCGUGCCUUGGACAUGAGGGUGGUGUUCCCAAGGCUGUUGGCACAAAGACCAACAGCAAGGUCAUUGAAGUCAAGGCUGGCGAGACCUUUGACGGUCAAUGGUACCGCUAUGACCGCGGUAGUGGUGCUUGCUCCAACCAGGCUGAAGGCGGCUCUGCUGAUGCUGUCUUCCUGCUCCAUGCCGGAGCCACUCUUCGCAACGUGAUCAUCGGAAAGAACCAGGCUGAGGGUGUCCACUGCAAGGGACACUGCACCCUUGAGUUUGUCUGGUGGGAGGACGUCUGCGAGGACGCUCUCAGCAUCAAGGAAGAUGCAGCGGGCAAGGAAUCCUGGGUCAUCGGUGGUGGUGCCUACCACGCCUCUGACAAGGUCAUCCAACACAACGGUUGCGGUACCGUCAACAUCAUCAACUUCUACGUCGAGGACUACGGCAAGCUGUACCGCUCUUGCGGAAACUGCUCCAAGCAAUGCAAGCGUAACGUCUUUAUCGAGGGUGUCACCGCGAAGAACGGUGGUGAGCUCGCCGGUAUCAACAGCAACUACGGCGACACCGCUACUCUCAAGAACGUGUGCUCCGAUGCGAAGACCAAGUGCCAGAUGUACACUGGCUGUGCUGGCGGCUGCGAGCCCAAGAAGAACGGUGUCUGCCCCGGUUAA